CACACCUGGAGGGAUGUAAGUAAGAUACCUUGAACACAAAUUACCCAGUGCUUCAUCCUCACUUUGCUUUCUGACUCCCCUCUGGACAUCAUGAAGACCUGUCUACUCUCCGCUCUUCUGCUCUUUAGCUGCUAUGCCUUUGCAGUGGGAGCACCACCACAGCAGCAAAGGGGCCCAAACUGCAGGACUCAUCCCACUGACCUGGUAUUCAUCGUAGACAGCUCACGUAGUGUACGGCCUUCUGAAUUUGAACAAGUCAAAGUCUUCUUGUCUCAGGUCAUCGAGUCUCUGGAUGUCGGUGUAAAUGCCACAAGAGUCGGAGUCCUCAAUUAUGCCAGCUCUGUCAAAAAUGAGUUCUCCCUCAAAACCCACAAAACUAAAGCUGCGUUGCUUCAGGCAGUCAAAAAAGUCCAGCCUCUGUCAACCGGUACAAUGACAGGCCUUGCCAUUCAAUAUUCCAUCAACCAGGCUUUUACUGAAGGCGAAGGGGCACGUCUCAGAUCACCAGGUGUCAAGAAGGUAGCCAUUGUGGUAACAGAUGGCCGACCUCAAGAUGGUAUAAAGGAUGUCUCUGCUAGGGCUCGUGAGAGUGGUUUGGAGCUGUUUGCCAUUGGAGUAGGACGUGUUGAUAUGACCACUCUUCGUCAGAUUGCCAGUGAGCCCCUGGAUGACCAUGUGGACUAUGUGGAGAGUUACAGUGUAAUUGAGAAGCUCAGCAAGAAGUUCCAAGAAGCAUUCUGUGAAAUGGCUGACCUCUGUUCCACUGGAGAUCAUGACUGUCAGCAGAUAUGCGUCAGCACUCCUGGAUCUUACACUUGUGCAUGCAGGGAUGGAUACACAUUAAAUGAAGAUGGCAAGACCUGCAAUGCAUGUGGUGCAUCAGCUAUUGAUCUUGUAUUUCUAAUUGAUGGAUCCAAGAGUGUGCGCCCAGAAAAUUUUGAACUUGUCAAGCAAUUUAUCAACCAGGUUGUGGAAUCCUUGGAUGUUGGAACUACCAAGGCACAUGUCGGUGUAGUUCAAUAUUCCAGUUCAGUAAGACAGGAAUUCCCAUUGGGCAGAUUUAACAGUAAGAAAGAUAUUAAAUCUGCAGUAAAAAAGAUGGCUUACAUGGAAAAAGGCACCAUGACUGGCCAAGCCAUCAAAUAUCUCAUUGACAACACAUUUACCAUCUCCAAUGGAGGAAGACCUGGUGUAUCCAAAGUUGGCAUUGUCUUUACUGAUGGUCGUUCCCAGGACUACAUCAAUGAUGCUGCUCUGAAAGCAAAGGAACUAGGUUACAAGAUGUAUGCUGUCGGUGUGGGCAAUGCUGUGGAGGAUGAGCUGAGGAUGAUUGCCUCAGAACCUGUGGGUGAACAUUAUUUCUACUCAGCUGAUUUCAAGGCCAUGAAGGAAAUUGGCAAGAAACUUCAGAUGAAGAUUUGUGUGGAAGAGAACCCCUGUGAAUGUGAGGCAAUUGUGAAGUUCCAGACCAAGGUGGACGAGCUCAUCCAGUCAUUAACAAGGAAAAUUGAAGCUGUAUCCAAAAGGCUAACUGCUCUGGAGAAUAAAAUCACUGUGUGAAGAACCCUUGAUCUGCUCUUCCUUGAACAUCCAGGAUCCACCCCAUGGCUCCCAGAUCUAUAGUUACAAAAACAAAAAUCAAACCCUCCAUCUAGCCUGCACAAAGAGUGCCUAAUUCUCUGAACUGUUACAUGGAUGAAACAUUGUAGGUUAUUGAUGAGAGGAAAUUACCAUCUCUGAUGUAAAAAUGAUAUCUCGAAUGAAAAGAGCAAACAAGAUCUUGUGAAAUAUGUUGUAUGCAAAGUAUGCAGAAACAACCUCUGCAUGGAAUUGUAAAAAAGGAAUAGAUACACAU